AUGGCUUCUCAUGACCAGCCCACAGCAUACCAGCACGACUCCAAGCACGCCGAAGAGCAGACAAGCCACGUUGAUGAAGAUGCGCUCCUCACCGGCAACGAUCCUCGCAUCAAAGCGAUCAAGAGGAAGACCGACAUCAGAAUCUGCGGUCUUCUUGGAGUGCUGUAUAUGAUGGCUGCAAUCGAUAGAGUCAACCUUGGUAAUGCAGUCGUUGCUGGAAUGGGUGUUGAUCUGGACUUGAAAGGGAAUGCAUACUCGAUCCUCAUUCUUGUGUUCUUCCCUUUCUACAUCGUCUUUCAGGCACCGAUGAUCGCUAUUGCCCGAAAGAUUGGACCCCGUCGCUUCAUCACAUUCAUCGUGGUGGCAUGGGGUAUCAUCACCGUUGGACACGGCCUCGUCAGCACCUGGCGUCAGAUGAUCGCCCUUCGUUGCGUCCUGGGCAUUCUGGAAGCUGGAUACUUCUCAACCUCGGCAUAUCUUGUCAGUACCUGGUAUAUUCGAAGAGAAGUCGCGAAGCGGAACUCUUCGUUCUACCUGAUCGGCAGUAUGCUUGGAGGGUUUGGUGGCAUCCUGGCGUAUGGUCUUCAGCAGAUGGACGGCGUUGGCGGUCGAGAAGGGUGGCGCUGGAUCUUCAUCAUGGAAGGUGUAAUUACUGUCAUCCUCGGAUUGCCAGCAUACGUGAUCCUUGUCGACUUUCCUGAAGAGGCGCCGAAAUCCUGGAAGUUCAUCAACGAGGAGCAGGCCCAGCUGGUUGUCGCUCGUAUCAACGCCGACCGCCGUGACGUGGACACUCCGCCUUUCAACUGGAAAGAAUACAUCAGCUAUGGCAAAGACUGGAAGAUCUGGUUCUUCGCAAUGAACUUCGGCUUCACCUCUGUCGUCAACUAUGCGGUUGCUUACUUCCUGCCAAUCGUGCUGCGGAACGAACUCGGCUUCUCCGUUGCGGCGGCACAAUGCCUCAAUGCUCCCUGCUAUGUUUUCGCCAUCAUCCUGGGUGUCUCCGAAAGCUACUUCUCGGACAAGUACAACAUCAGAGCUCCGUUCUUCCUGUUCAACUGCGCCCUGGAAGUCAUCGGCGUCUGUGUGCUCGGCUUCGCGAAGGGCAGCUAUGUCAGGUACUUCGGCGCAUUCUUCAUCGUUGGGCCUGGGUUCGCGAACAUCCCAUUCAGUCUUACCUACCAGGCCAACAACAUUCUCGGCCAGUGGAAACGAGCUUUCUGCUCAGCGACUAUCGUUGGCGCUGGCGGUAUUGGUGGGAUUAUAGGUUCUCUGGUCUUCAGAAGCCAGGAUGCUCCGGCGUAUCGUCCAGGUCUGUACGCCUGCUUGACCGCUGUGGGCAUCACGGUCAUUUCGAUGUGCACCACAUCUGUGUACUUCUAUUCUGCGAACAGGAAACAAGCCCAAGGGAAGAGGAUAAUCGAGGGCGAUCCACAGUUUCGCUAUACUUAUUGA